UGUGUGUGUGUAACCCUUCCAAUUAGACUCACUGUGUGCAUUGCAGCCUAGCCUGUCAGCGGUAACUGUCAUAACACUGUCGCUAACAGCUGUCACACUUAGAAGAAUAUUUACAUUAAGGAGUAGGUAUUGAUUAACAGUAUGGCAAAAAAAUAUUUCACGACUCCUUGUAAUUUUUCUUUUAAUUAAUGAUCAGUCUUUAGCACAUUGGGUGCCUAUUUUUAACCUUCACAUUUAAUACUAAUAAAUAAUAAAAAACACUAUUGCUCAAUACUAGGGACAAUGAGUAUCCAUCCUUCUAACUGAGCUUAAAUGAAGUAUUGCCAACUACUUCAUUAUUUGCAAGUGGUGACUUAAAGGAACAACAACAUAAUGCAAUAUGUCAACACCACCUGUAGCAAAAACGACACACUAAAUAAGAGUCAAGCCAUUGUUUUUUCCCAUCGCUACCACCUCAUAAAUCCACUUUGACGUGACAUUUGGUACUCCGAACUCGAGUGUUGAACCUGAGAUUUAGUGAUGCGGAGCUCUCCCGAUUGAUUCGCAGUUGCAGAUCUAAAGUGGCCCAUAAGAUUGGGAACACUGACACACAAAUCAUUCAACUUAACCAUCUUAUAACCAGAAGUGUUUUAAAAUAGUUAAGCAAGCAAAGGCAGUCCAAAAAGUAACCAAGUUAACAUUUCAAAUAUGAUAUUCACAUAUUGGAAAGGUUUGCAAGUGACGCACAGCCUCACUUGCCACUCUCUAUUAGAUGCUAUUUUGGUCCUGCCCUGGAAGACAUUCAUCUAGCAUCUACCCACCCUGACAGCAUCCAAUAAACCCACCACUCCCAUUCAUCUCCACACCCACGACAAACCACCCCCACCCACCUUUUUCCACUCUCUCGCUCCCUCCCCAUCUUUCUCUCUCUUUCUCUCUCACACACACACACACACACACACACACGUACUACGUCCCGCAGAUGUGCCAGGGAUUUGAAGACUUAAAAACACUGUAAUAUAAUCGUGUUUGGACUUUGAACAUCACUAAAUGGUGAAAUAUAACUUCCAUCCAACAAGGCAUCUUCUUUGAUUUAAUUUUGGAACCUUCUUAUUCCUGCUUUUGGCUGUGGUUGUCAACUCAUUCAAAGAAAAAGUGUUGCCGUUUUCUCAAUGAGCAAUUGAAGACACUGAACAAGAUGACCAUCCACGUCGAGGGUAUCGUGGCUAUUGUACUUUUUUAUCUGGUGAUUCUCUUCGUGGGCAUUUGGGCGGCGUGGAAGAACAAGAAUUCCGGCGUGGUUGAUGGCAGGGACCGGAGCGAGACCAUCAUGGUCGGUGGCCGGGACAUUGGCUUAUUUGUGGGUGUAUUCACUAUGACCGCGACUUGGGUAGGGGGAGGCUACAUCAACGGGACAGCUGAAUAUGUCUACUUACCCGACUAUGGCUUGGCUUGGGCCCAAGCACCCUUUGGCUACGCUCUCAGCCUGGUACUAGGUGGCCUUUUUUUUGCCAAACCGAUGCGAUCCCGUGGCUAUGUCACAAUGUUGGAUCCUUUCCAACAGCUCUACGGGAAAAGGAUGGGGGGUCUGCUUUUCAUCCCCGCUGUCAUGGGCGAAAUCUUCUGGUCCGCAGCCAUUUUAUCUGCCUUGGGUGCCACUCUGAGUGUGAUCGUGGACAUAAACAUCAACAUGUCCGUGGUGAUCUCAGCCCUGAUUGCUAUCUUCUACACUCUUGUGGGAGGACUCUACUCAGUUGCUUACACAGAUGUAGUGCAACUCUUCUGCAUCUUUGUGGGUUUGUGGAUCAGUGUGCCUUUUGCGUUGUCCAAUCCUGCUGUGUCAGACAUCAGUGUGACAGCCAAGGAGGCCAUCCACCAGUCACCCUGGCUGGGGAAAAUUGAGCCAGCAGACAAAUGGCUCUGGGCAGAUAAUUUCUGUUUGCUGAUGUUGGGUGGGAUCCCCUGGCAAGUCUAUUUUCAACGGGUUCUUUCUGCUUCUUCAGCUACCUACGCCCAGGUCCUUUCCUUCCUCGCUGCCUUCGGCUGUUUGAUCAUGGCAGUUCCCUCGAUCCUCAUAGGAGCUAUCGGGGCAUCCACUGACUGGAAUCAGACUUCCUAUGGGGCCCUACCUCCAAAAGAGAGAGAUGAAUCCGACAUGAUCCUUCCGAUUGUGCUUCAGCACCUCUGCCCGCCUUACAUCUCCUUCUUUGGCCUGGGAGCGGUGUCGGCUGCCGUCAUGUCAUCCGCAGAUUCCUCCAUUCUAUCUGCCAGCUCCAUGUUUGCGAGGAACAUCUAUCAACUUGCUUUUCGACAGUCGGCUUCGGAUCGUGAGAUUGUCUGGGUGAUGCGUCUCACUAUCUUCGUUUUCGGAGCCCUCGCCACAGCCAUGGCUUUGUUAACCGGAACAGUAUACGGCUUGUGGUACCUGAGCUCGGACUUGGUCUAUGUCAUCGUCUUUCCUCAACUUCUUAGCGUCCUUUUUGUCAAAGGAACAAAUACGUACGGCUCAGUGGCCGCCUAUGUCUUUGGUCUUUUGCUACGAAUCGGCGGAGGCGAACCAUAUUUAAAACUUCCUCCCUUCAUCUAUUACCCUGGAUGGGUGAUCCAGGAGAAGAUACACCACCUCACCGGUGAUGUCGAGUAUUUUGUCCAGCAGAGAUUCCCCUUCAAGACAGUAUCCAUGUUGGCAUCCUUUUUAGCAAACGUGGCAUUUUCCUACCUGACAAAGUAUAUCUUCGAAAGUGGUACGCUGUCACAUAAGUACGACUUCUUCGAUGCUGUGGUCUCCAAACACAGCAAGGAGAUCAUGGACAAAGCCACACUGGUGAGCCAUGAUAAUAUCAUCCUAUCGGAGAUGACGCCCGUCAAAGGAGCACUGGGUGCCUCCCUCGCAGCCACCUUCACCAACAGAGAGGUCCUGAGCAAUGACGAAGUGUCAAGUCCUGAGGAGUUUCAAGAUGAAAAUUAAAUGUUUAAAGGCACAGCGGGAAAGAAAACUCACUACUGCCACACAAGGAGUCAAAGCAGUGGAGAUCUGCACUGGCUUCCAUGUGAUCCUACAUGUUUUAUUUGAUCCUAAUAAUGUUGAAUGAGGUUCCCAAAGUCAAGAAUGUUUCCAAAACUGGUUAUGCCAGGUUGGAUGCUUCAAAGCUUGAGCUUUAGGAAUUGGAGAUUGGUGCAAUCUUCUGGGUCUACAAUUCCAAUGUUCAAAUGGCAAAUUUCAGUGUACAUGUCUGUAAUCUUUUGUGUGUAGCCGAGAAUAUUCCAUGAACAGAAACGUAUUUUCCAAACCGAAUGGUUGGUUUUCUCUUCAUGAGCUCAAGCUUCUCGUGUGGUGGCCAUCAAUCAUGACGGAUCCUUACUUGACUUCGGAAUAUCUGACGCCUCCUUUGUUUUGGAUAUUCCUUGCUUAGAAGCUGAGAUUCGACUGUUGACCAGUUGAGUCAAGCAUAGUGUUAUGUGUUAAAGGAAUAUUCUCGCUACAAUGUAUAUCAGCUUGUCUGAAGUUCUAUUUGCAUAGAGUAAGUUUAUGAAUAGAGCAAUAAUAUUUUUAGUACCGGUAUCCAUGUUGUACAGAUAUAUGUAAUACGGAACGUACAAUUAGUUAUAGCUGGCGGAUUUUACUUGUGUCUUAAAACAAAUCACAUUUGCAGUAAAGCCUCAUCCAGACCUCAUAAACAAACUCGUAACCAAAGUAGACGGUUAGAUAUGAGAUUACAUUUCGUCACCAAAUAAAUGUCUGGUGUUAAAGUCUUUUGUGAAAGAAAAAUAAUGUAUGAGAUGUAUUCCAAUAUUUUUUAAUUUUUUUAAACAUUGCAGUAUUUUGUAAGUGUAACCUAAUGAAUCCAUAUAAAACAAAUGAGACUACUACUGCUCAGUAAAAUACUGUACAGCAGUAAUGCACCAAUGCAGUCUCUGCCCACCAGCGUUGGUGGAUGAAGCAGACAGGCGGACAUUUUGUUUCUAAUUACAGGGACUGACGAAGUGGUUUUUGAAAAGGACAAAAGCAGCAUCAAAGGUUAGGCUGAAAAUUAUAUCAAGCAAAUUAAUGGGAUCAAAGACUAGUGCCGUCGAAAUUUGGUGGGAUGACACAGGGAACCUCUUCGCUAGUAAUAUUAUUGAUAGCAUUUUCAAAUCUAUCAUCAUGGCUAUUUUGGACCAGACGGACACUUUUUAUUACUGUUUGCCACUGACACUUUGCUUUCCUUCGACAAGUCUGCCACUGCAGGUUAGCUGAGACAGGAAAAGAUUGUUUCCCCUGCAGGAUUGUUUGUCAGCACUGGUCAUUAUUGAUCCAAACAGGCAAUCAAUUAGUCCUCCGGACACUUGUUUAAUGAUGUGGAAAAAAGGAUGAGUUACAAAAACAUGCUGUAUUUAUUUUUCCAUUAUUAAGCGCUUCUAUUUCUGUACAUGUGUAUUUUUAGUUAAACAUCAUUCCUUGUCCUGUUUGAAGAAUCGAGAAGUUGUUAUCGCUGUAUUAUUGUUAUUUCUUUGCAAUUGUUCCUGUUGUUGGAGUACAUCGCUUUUUGUCUCUUAUGUUGUACUUUGCUGGUGUCUUCAGUGGACCCACUAUAAUCAGGCGAUGGGAAUGACUGGGUUAGAAAUGCUGCCAGUUGUUGGGAAAUUGAUUU